UUUGGUUGCUAGAACGUUUCUAAAUUUGAACACUGCAUGUUCGUUUGCCUGUUUGUAUUUUUAAAAGCUGUCACUUUUAUUAGUUUGUAGCAAAAUUAAUAGGGUUUUCUCUUCGCGUUUACUUUCGGUAAAUGGUAUACAAAUACGGUUCAAAAUAAUCUAAUAUCUUCAGUCCUUCUAAUAGAUAUGUCCACUCCGAAUUUCCUUUUGAGUAAUGGCAAAAAUAUGCCAAUGGUCGGCUUGGGCACAUGGCGUAGCCCUCCUGAGGUUAUCACACAAGCGGUGAAGGAUGCUAUUGAUAUUGGUUAUCGCCACUUUGACUGCGCCCACAUCUACGGAAAUGAGGCACAAAUUGGCGCAGCAAUUGCCGAAAAGCUCAAAGAGGGAGUCGUAACACGUGACCAGCUUUUCAUUACAAGUAAACUUUGGAAUACCCAUCACAGGCCAGAUUUGGUGCGGACUGCUUGUGAAACAAGUAUACGUAACCUUGGCGUUGAUUAUCUUGAUCUAUAUCUCAUGCAUUGGCCAAUGGCAUAUAAAUCCGGCGACGUUCUUUAUCCCACUUGCCCGGAUACGGGCAAGGCAGUAUUUGAGGAUAUUGACUUCGUGGACACGUGGAAGGCCAUGGAGAACCUGGUCGAUGCCGGCCUAUGCCAUGCCAUUGGAGUCUCUAAUUUUAAUGAGCAACAGAUUAAUCGACUAUUGAGCGUAGCCAAAUUGAAGCCAGUGGUGCUACAGAUCGAAUGUCAUCCGUAUCUACGUCAGAAGUCUUUGAUAACACUUUGCUACGAUAAUGCUAUUGCUGUCACUGCCUACAGUUCACUGGGAUCGGCACACACACCCUACGAGAAGCCGGGUGCCUAUCCCUUGCUAAAGCAUCCUGUGAUCCUGGAGAUCGCGGAAAAGUAUGACCGUACACCAGCGCAGGUGCUGCUGCGCUAUCAGACUCAAUCGGGCAUUAUUGUUAUACCACGCUCUAUUAGCAAACAUCACAUGUACGAGAACUUUAAGAAGAUAUGGGACUUUGGUUUGGAUAACGAUGAUUUACAAGCAAUUGACGAUCUCGAUUGCAAUGGUCGCUUCAUGACCAUGAAAGCUGCAUAUGGACAUCCUCAUCACCCGUUCGAACUGGAUUCCGCAAAGCAAAUGGAAAACCACAACAGAAAUGUAUAAUUCGGAUGCAACAAAUCAUACGUGUACCUGGCGUCCUAUGUCUGAUUGAUAUAUUCGGCCAAAGGCAAUAAAUUAGACUAUUAAGUUUUUUGUGAAACAAUGACAUUUUUUAAACAAAUAUAUUCCAGAUCUCUUUUGGUUUUCUAAA